CGCAUUUGUUUACAAUGCUACAGGUGUAUUUGUUGCCGAUGGAUUUAGUUGUGUGAAUAUUCGAAAGUUCGUUCCGAACCAAAUUUUUUGUGAGAUUAUAAAAUGUCAGCCCAAGAACAAAUGCGUCGGAUGUUAGAUGAGUUAAUGGGAACUCGUCGAAAUGGAGAAGAUAAUAGGCCAGAAAAACUUCAUUAUUCCAGUUCUCGUGUAUGUAAAAGUUUCCUGUUAAAUUGCUGCCCACAUGAAAUUUUAGCUGCAACACGAGGUGAUAUGGGACAAUGCAAAAAAGUGCAUGAUGUUGCAUUAAGAGCAGAUUAUGAGAAUUCUUCUAAAAGAUAUGAAUAUGCUUUUCAAAAAGAAGCUCUUCAGCAUUUGAAAAGCUUUGUUGCUGAAAGUGAAAGGCGAACUCAGUUUGCUAAAGUGAAGCUUGCAGAAACACAAGAAUUGCUGAGUACUGAAGAAGCUGCAAGAUUGCAAAAAAUUCGUCAAUUUGAUGAGAAAAUCAAUUCUUUAACAAUUCAAGCUGAACAGCUUGGUUCCUCUGGAGAUGUUGAUGGAUUUUUGAAAAUGAUGGAAACAGUUGAGGAUUUGCAAAAGCAGAAAAAAGCAGCUGAAGAAGAACAUAGAAAUGCUACACCAGCUUCAAUUAGUCAACAGCAAAAACUUAGGGUGUGUGAAGUUUGUACAUCAUAUCUGGGUGUUCAUGAUAAUGACAGAAGAUUGGCAGAUCAUUUCAAUGGCAAACUUCAUUUGGGUUUUAUAACCAUUCGGGAAAAACUAAAAGAAUUAGAGGAAUUAGUGGAAGAUCAUCACAUUAAAAAACUAGUCUCAAGUGAAUUUGAUAAAAAUAAACCAAGUAAAAGAACCCACAGUCACAGUCCUGAGCAUUCAAAACAUCGUCACAAGCAUCGCAGAUCACGUUCUAGGUCAGAAGAAAGAAAACAUAAGCAUAAAUCAUCGAAACAUGAAUCUCAUCACAAGCAUAAGCAUAGACAUCAUAAAAAAGAUAGUAAGUCUUCACCUGAAAAAGAGCCAAAAAAUGAAUGAUGCAUUUAUGACAGUUCUGUCCAACAUAAGACCAAAUGAAGUAUCUUUUUCUGAUAGAACAUGUGAUAAAAACCUCUUGAUAUUUUUGUAAAUUUUGUAUAAAAAUAAAUAUCCAUAAAAAUA